AUGGAAAAUGCGAAGAACACGAUGCUAUGUGUUUUGAUUGUUCUGGUGUUUUUCUCACUGGACACCUUUGGCCAGCCCGUGAUAAGACUACACGAAGGGUUGAUAGAAGGAAAGACAGUCUUAUUUGAAGAACAUAAAAAUAUUCAAAUCAGUAAACCAGUCGAUGUGUUUUUGGGAAUUCCUUAUGCGGAACCACCGGAACGUUUCAGAGCACCGGUUCCCAAGGGUCCAUGGCCAGGUACCCUAAACACCACCGAGUUCAAAUCAGCAUGUAUGCAGCCGACCAAUCCACGAUUUCUUGACAUCAACGAAGACUGUCUUUACCUAAAUGUAUAUUCCCCAAAACAUAAGUCGGAGCGAUCCGCUGUGCUAGUUUUCAUCCACGGUGGGUCUUUCUUGACCGGUUCAGCAAUGACGUACAUGUUUUAUGGAGUCCCAUUGGCUGCCGUAGGUGACGUCAUCGUUGUCACCAUCAAUUACAGAGUCGGAAUAUUUUCACGAUUUUCAACGUGGACAGAAGACUCACGAGGUAACUAUGGCAUGCUUGAUCAGGUAGAAGCUUUACACUGGAUACAGCGAAAUAUCGGAGCUUUCGGUGGAGACCAAAACAGGGUGACGAUAUUUGGUGCCAGCGCUGGUUCUGCAAGUGUACACUUUCACUUGCUUUCUAAGUUGAGUCGGGGACUAUUUAGCCAAGCUAUAAUGCAGAGUGGAAAUGCUUAUGCCGAGUGGGCUUUUGAGAAUACUCCAUUACAGGAUGAUCGGAAGAAAGCUCUACAACUCGGCCGGUCAAUGGGAUGUCAAACUGAUUCUGUGCCCGCCAUGACUGAAUGCCUGAGAUCUAAAGAUGCCACCGAUCUCAUGAUGGCUGCAGGAACGGUCUAUGACUGGCGAUACAAGCUCCACGUUGAUGGCCUUUUCUUGGAGGACACACCGGACAACCUCUAUAGCAUGGGCGACUUCAAACAAUGUCCCAUCAUGGCAGGUUACAAUAAAGACGAAGGCACGGCCAGACUGCGAUCCAUGUUCUGGGAACAUCGACACGAACAAUACCCUCCCAGUAUGAACCUGACAACUGCUCAUGACCACGUGCUAUCCUUCAUGUCAUGGAAGGGGUACAACGAAUCAAUGAUCCUCCGUAACGCAGUUCUGGAGAUGUACACAGACUGGUCCAAGGAUUUGAUCAAUGGUAACUUCUCCCGUACCUUCGUGGACGUACUCACGGAUGUGAACUAUGCAUGUACCACGGACAAAGUUCUUCAAGCCCAGGCAUUGGGUGUUCACCCAAUCUUCAAGUAUAUUUUCACACACGCACCAACCAAGUGA